UCGGUGUGAACCUGAAGUACCGUUAGUACCGUGUGCCGUUAGAAAGUCUUCGUGUCAUCGAUAGCGAUAAUUACGCGCGUGUGGGCGUGGGUGGUUGGCAGUGAGAACGUUUUAUUUGACGCUGCUGGGAGCUUAAAAAAUUCUUUGAAUGAUUAAAAAAUACCAAAAGAAACUCUAAAACUGUAAACAAAGUGUACUUCCUGGUUCAAAAAUGGAAGUGUCCCAAGCAAAUGAUCAACAAGAAAAUGACUGGCCAAUCGCGAAUAACACGAAUGGAACAUUUCAACUGACCAAGGAUAUGGUUUUCAAUGAUGGCCACCGGUUGUCCAUCACUGUUUACAGCAUACUGUUUGUGAUCUCAACAAUUGGCAACAGCACCGUGCUCUAUCUGCUGACCAAAAGGCGGCUCAGGGGUCCCUUGCGGAUUGAUAUCAUGCUAAUGCAUCUGGCCAUCGCCGAUCUAAUGGUGACGCUGCUCCUGAUGCCGAUGGAGAUCGCGUGGGCCUGGACGGUCCAGUGGCGCUCCACGGACCUCAUGUGCCGCCUGAUGAGCUUCUUCCGCGUCUUCGGGCUCUACUUGUCCAGCUACGUGAUGGUCUGCAUUUCGCUCGACAGAUACUUUGCCAUCCUGAAGCCGCUGAAGCGGUCCUACAACCGCGGACGCAUCAUGCUCGCCUGUGCCUGGCUGGGCUCCGUCGUCUGCAGCAUUCCGCAGGUCUUCCUCUUCCACCUGGAGGAGCACCCCGGCGUGAAAGGCUACUUUCAGUGCGUCAUUUUCCACUCGUUCAGGAGCGACUUUGACGAGAAGCUCUAUCAGUUGGCCUCGAUGUGCAGCAUGUACGCCUUUCCAUUGGUGAUGUUUAUCUACUGCUACGGGGCCAUUUACCUCGAGAUCUAUCGGAAAAGCCAGCGGGUCCUCAAGGAUGUGAUUGCCGAGCGAUUCCGGCGAUCCAACGACGACGUUCUCAGCAGAGCCAAAAAACGCACCCUCAAGAUGACCAUAUCGAUUGUGAUCGUGUUCAUCAUUUGCUGGACCCCGUACUACACCAUCUCAAUGUGGUACUGGCUGGACAAGCACUCCGCAAACAAGAUCAACCCGAUGGUCCGCAAGGCUUUGCUGAUCUUCGCCUCGACGAACUCCUGCAUGAAUCCCUUGGUCUACGGGCUCUACAACAUUCGCGGGAGAAUGAACAACAAUAAUCCGUCGGUUAACAACAGACACACUUCGCUGUCCAAUCGGCUGGACUCCUCCAACCAGCUGAUGCAGAAGCAGCUGACCAACAACUCGCUGCUCAAUGGACGUGGCCAAGUGAUGGCAGCCGCAGUGUCGGCCACCACAAAGUUGGCCAACGUGGUGGGCCUGAAGGGCACUGGCAACUCCAACGGCCCUGCAGCAGCCGUGGGAAUCGGGGUCACCAUUCCCCCGUCGCCCCCUUUGAGAGUAUCCAUCGCUCCGCUGGCCAGCGAGGAUGAGGCCAACGACGACUCGAGCGUCAGUGCGGUCACCAUCAGGUGCCAGGAUCCGUCCAGGUUCCGCCAGAAGUAAUUUCGCUGUGGCGACUCCAUCGAAAUGACCAGUGUGGUUAAGUAAACAAUAAUAAAAAGGGCUCGAGAGCAACUGGAUCAAUUAAGCGAUCUGCUACUGUUCAUCAUCUGGAGAAGUCGGCUUGGAACAAAGGGCAUUUAAUUUGCUAACCAGCUUAGUUCGGAAUUUACGUCAUAAAUUCUUUUGGCAUUUGCAUUUAGCUAGCGACAAAUUAAAAUGUUUUCAAGACAACCAAAGACCAGACCAGGAAAGAUACAAACUCCGAUUUGAAAUCGCUUUGAUUUGUACCAUUAAAUGUUUGGAAAACAAAGUUAUCGCUUAGGAAAUACGCUUAAGAUGUAAUACCGCUUACUAUUAGAUAUACUCUAGUUAGUCGGAUUAUUGCUUAAUUUAAAAUAAUUUAUUCAUAACAAAUAACAAACGAAGUCGAAAUAAAAAUAUGUAAAAAAUUA